AGGAAAUAAGAAGAACAGAAGAAUCCUUUUGACUGACGACCUCCUUCUGUAUGGAGCCACAACAGGACGACUGUAAGUGAGACAGCUCAGAAAGACAGACGCAACACUUACUCGACCUCAGGAUGGCGAGUCGGAGGAAAUCCACCACACCCUGCAUGGUUCCUCCCCGAGAACCUGUCGACUCAGACCAGGAGAUGGAGGACGUCAUGGACGAGACAGAAGGGGAAGCAGAGGACAGUAAUGGCACAGGGACCAUCUCUGCGGAGGUUUGCGACCUGUCGGGCGAGCAAGGGGACGAGGCCGACGUCCGACAGGUGUCAGACCCCUACCUGGACCUGAACAUGGCCGAGGGAGGAUACGAGUGUAAAUACUGCAGCUUCCAGACGUCCGAGCUGAACCUGUUUACCAUGCAUGUGGACACGGAGCAUCCCGACGUCGUCCUCAACACGUCCUACGUCUGCAUGGAGUGUGACUACCACACAAAGAGUUACGACACACUGCUGGCCCACAAUGCUCGUCUCCACCCAGGUGAGGACAACUUCACACGGACGAUGGUGAAGCGGAACAACGAGACCGUCUUCCAGCAGACGGUCAACGACCUCACCUUUGACGGCAGCUUCGUAAAAGUGGAAGACGACGAGGCGGAGGAGACGUCCCGCAAGGGCAUCGCCCUCAGCAAGACGCCCAUCAUGAGGAUCAAGAGCAGACCGGAGCCCAAGAAGUUCACUGCUGCGCACAAAAUGGCCGUGGACGACGUCAUCAAGGUGGAGAGCGACGAAGAGGACGAGGAGGACAAGGAGCCGCCCACUCUGUCUCCCGCCCCAAUGACCCCUGCCGCCGCCGUCACCCCUUGCCUCAUCCCCAUCUCCACGCCGCUGCAGGUCCAGGCCGUCCCGCAGAGCAUUGUGGUCAACAGCUCCAACAUGCUGCAGAUUAAAAGCAGCUCUGCGGCGGGUGGCGGCGCCGUGCUGCCACCGGGGACGCUGGCUCAGGUUCUGUCGGCGCUGCAGCAGCAGCACAGCGCUCAGAACCAGACUCAGACUCAGCUCCUCAUCCCCAUCAGCAGCAUCCCAACGUACAACACGGCCAUGGACAACAACGUCCUGCUGGUCAGCGCCUACAACCGGUUUCCGUACCCCUCCGUCUCUGAGAUCAUGGGCCUGUCGUCUCAGACCAAGUUCAGUGAGGAGCAGAUCAAGGUCUGGUUUUCUGCUCAGAGGCUCAAACAUGGAGUCAGCUGGACGCCGGAGGAGGUCGGUUCUUGACGAGACGCAUUCGUCACAUUUGUCCCUCAAAUGAGGAAUGUCACAGAGCAGAAG